AUGGCGAACGAGAAGCCGCUGAGGAAAAUUGCAGAGGCAUUCAAGGAGCUGGAGGCAGCCGUGAAAUCAGAGACCGGCGAAGUGGAGGUUGUGCCGAUCUCGCAAGCGUGUUCUCUCGUCUCACCGCUGUUUCAAGACGGGCACGGAGCUGGAGGCGACGAUGGGCAUGGCACGGACGCCGGCGACCUGAGGCUAGAGGAAUCGAACGUAGCGGCGCGCUGCCACGAGCAUGGUGAUGGUGUCCAUCUUCUUCUCCCACGCCUAGAUUCUUGUACUGGUCGGUAUGUUUAUAUACAUGAUGAUCUUCCUUCCAAGUUCAACUCUGAUUUGCUCAAGAACUGUAGGCUUCUUACUAGAGGGACUGACAAGCCCAAUUUGUGUCCUUACUUUGAGAAUUGGGGUUUUGGUCCUGAAAUUGAAAACACUGAAGGGGUUUUAGCCAACAAGAGUUGGUUCUCCACAAACCAGUUCACUUUAGAAGUCAUAUUCCACAACAAGAUGAAGCAGUAUAAGUGUUUGACAAAAAACUCAUCUCUGGCUUUAGCCAUUUAUGUGCCAUUCUAUGCUGGCCUUGAUGUCAGUCUCCAUUUGUGGGAUUCCAAUCUCACAGUGAGAGACGCUUCGGCUAGAGAUCUCAAUGGUUGGCUUUCGAAGAGGCCCGAAUGGAAGGCGAUGUGGGGGAGAAACCAUUUCUUGGUUGUAGGGAGGAUUUCAUGGGAUUUCAGGACGCAAACGGAUGAGGUUUCGGAUUGGGGGAGUAAACUCAGGUUCUUGCCGGAAUCGAUGAACAUGAGUAUGUUGUCAGUUGAAGGAAGCUCAUGGGGAAAUGACUAUGCUAUUCCAUACCCAACAAACUUUCAUCCUGCAAAGGAUAGCGAUGUGGUUCAAUAGCAGAACAGAAUGCGAAAACUAGAGAGGCCUUACUUGUUCACUUUUGUUGAUGCUCCAAGGCCUGACCAGCAAAACUCGAUUCGGGGGGAAGAUUAUUGAUCAGUGCCUAGCUUCAAGUGUUUGCAAGUUGAUAGAUUGCAGUUCUGGUGGGAUUAAGUGUGACAACCCGGCUAGUGUUAUGAGGGUGUUUCAGAGCUCAGUUUAUUGCUUGCAGCUUACAGGGGAUUCAUACACUAGGAAAUCAGCUUUUGACUAGAUUCUGGCGGGUUGUAUUCCUGUUUUCUUUCAUCCGGGUACUGCUUAUUUGCAAUAUUUAUGGCACUUACCUAAGAAUCAUACCAAGUAUUCGGUGUUUAUUCCGGUGAGGUAUGUAGAAGAUUUGAAAGAAGGCCUCAUUGAGAGAACCUUGGUUGGAAUUUCAAAGGAGGAAGAAUUGGAAAUGAGAGAAGAGGUUAUAAGGCUAAUACCAAAGCUGGUGUAUGCAGAUCCCAUGUCAAGAUUAGAGACCGAAGAUGCAUUUGAUUUAU